AUGCUAUCAGAUAACGAGUACAUUUAUUAAAAACCAGGUUAACCAAAUUUGAAACCUAACAAUAACAGUUUAAGAUAUGACAAUCGUAUCUAAAGUGCAGAACCUGUAGCAAGAUUCACAAAUUAACAAAUACCAAUCUCAUAUUAGUCUCAUUAAGAACUAAUAAAUUAUUUAAAAGAUAACCUCUAACUUGUAAGCAAAACUGUGAGGUCAUUCGACAGCUCUAUCUAAUAAUUAUUGUCAACCUUUGGGAAUAAUGUGAUUAAUGGUUAAAAAUAAUACUAUUACUAGGAUUCCGAGUAGAUGAGUUUAUAAGAAAGUUCUUCUGCGUUCUAGAACGAAGACUCAAUAAAUUCUUUGAUCACUUGGAUUACACAUUAUUUUAACACAAAAAUUAGCAAUAAUUUAUGAUCCCUGAAGACUACAAUGUUUCAGAAAUACGUAAUUAUAUCAGAAUGAAAGCAAACUAAAUACCCACAGAUCUUUUAAAUCAUUUUUAACAAAAAUUGAACAAUGAAGAAAUAGAUAAAGAAAUAUUGAGAAAAAUUGAUUAAAUUCUUAGAGUAUAUGAAUUAUUUAGAUCUGAUUAAGGAUGGAAUUUUUUGAUUAAUAUCACAAAACUCAAUUUAGAAUAAUUACUCGAAACAACCUGUAAUAAUCAGCUUUAGGAUAUCAAAUCAAUUGAUGAAUUGAUGGAAUCUUAAUUUAUAAUUUCAAUUCAAUUAAUAUAAUCUGCUAUACUAAAAAAUAAUACUAACUUCUUAAACAUAUUUAAUAAAGAGGAUAUUAUCAACAAGUAUAUCUAUAAAGUUAUUUAGAUUUAAUUAAAUACUCAAUGAUGGCGAUGACAAUUAAAUAACAAUAGAUGAUAUAUGCUACAUCUGUCAAAUUGUUUGCCAAAGAGAUCGAAGAAUCAUUUAUAAUGACUUUCAUUAAUAAAUUACUCAUAAUCUAAAUGAAUUGGCUCCAGAAUAUUUCUAGAUGCUCCCUAAUAAAAAACCAUAUCAUCAACUGAAAAAGGAUGAACUUUAGACUAAAUUAGUAAAUGUGCAAAAAUAAUGGGAAUUAAUCAAAUUAGAUGAAAAUUAUUACUUGAUUCUAGAAAAUCGAAUAAACGAGGCUAAUCUGAAUAUAAAUUAAAAGGUUCCCAAUUCUUAGCAAAUAUUUUAACUUCAAAGAUUAAGUGUAUUUUUCAAUAAAGUCUAAAAUUUAUAAUCUGAUUAAAUAUCCUUAUAAAAAGACUUAAAUAAUCAUUUAGAUUAAACUAAAAAAGAUGUGUAAGGGAAACUUACUGACGCACUCGUUAAAUCAAGACAAUUUUAUUCUAAAGCAACCCCUGGAAAAAAUCCAUCCAAUUAAAUCAAAACAUUUGUUGAUUCUCUUUAUGAAGAAUUAAUUGAUCUAUUGGAGAAAAGUUAAUAAUAGUCAAACUAAUUUAAUCCUUCAUUCUCACACACUUAAAAAUCCUAAUUAGGAAAAAAUACAUUUGGCUCGUCAUUUCAGAAAUCAUCCAACUUAGAAAGAAGUCUACAAAAUUCAACAAUUACUCGACCCUUUUCUAACAUUUAAUAUAAUGGAUUGAAUAAUCCUUAGGCUAAAUUAGAUAAUAUGCUCAACUGGUAAGAAAAAACCUAAGAUCAAAAACACAAAUUGGAUAGAGAUGUUUAUGCAUUACCUAAAACAGAGUAUUAUAAUGAUUCAUUUUAAGGAAAAAUAAAAUAUCCUGAAUAUUAAAGAAUAAAUUAAAAUUCCUAAAAUAAAUCUACUUUAUCAAAUGAAAAAGAUUUCGAUAAUUCUAAAACCUUUAACCAAAACUAAUCGAUCAAAUUAGAUGUUUAAUAUUAAUAAAAUCAAACAAUUUAAAACAAUGAUUAUAGAAAUAGAAACAUCUAAAACUCAAAUAAUCUAUAAAAGUAAGAUUUUUCUUAAGAUCGAUAAAAAUAAUAAUUAUAAUCGUAAGAAAGAUAGAGAUAGACUGAACCAGCAAAAAUAUCCGAAAUAAAAAAAGAGUAAGCCUAGUCCCAAGAGCCAUCAAAAAGGCCUUAAAAUACUAAUGAUCAAAUCAAAAAUCAAGAGCCACCUAAAUAAUAAACAAAAUAACCAGAGCAGCCGAAGAAAACUGAACUUUCAACCAACCAAUAGAAAUAACCAGAUCCACCAAAAGAACAAUUAAAAUAACCAGAACCUCCUAAAAAGCAUCCUUCAAAGGAAUAACCAAAAUAGCUUGAUCCGCCUAAAAAACCUGAGCCUCUAAAAGAAUAACCAAAAUAGCCUGAACCACCUAAAAGGCCUGAGCCUCCUAAAGAGUACCCAAAAUAGCCAGAGCCACCAAGAAAGCCUGAACCAACUAAGGAAUAACCAAAAUAACCAGAAACUUCAAAGAAAUCAGAUCCUCAGAAAGAAUAGCAAAAAUAACCAGAGCCCCUUAAGAAACCAGAACCGCCUAAGGAAUAACCAAAAUAACCUGAACCACCUUAAAAAUAACUGAAAUAGCCAGAACCCCAAAAGAAACCUGAACCACCAAAGGAGUAACCAAAACAGCCAGAGCCUCCUAAAUAACCUGAACCACCUAAGUAAUAGCCAAAAUAGCCAGAGCCUCCUAAAUAACCUGAACCACCUAAGGAAUAACCAAAACAGCCAGAGCCUCCUAAAUAACCUGAACCACCUAAGGAAUAACCAAAAUAGCCAGAGCCUCCUAAAUAACCUGAACCACCUAAGGAAUAACCAAAACAGCCAGAGCCUCCUAAAUAACCUGAACCACCUAAGGAAUAACCAAAAUAGCCAGAGCCUCCUAAAUAACCUGAACCACCUAAGGAAUAACCAAAACAGCCAGAGCCUCCUAAAUAACCUGAACCACCUAAGGAAUAACCAAAAUAGCCAGAGCCUCCUAAAUAACCUGAACCACCUAAGGAAUAACCAAAACAGCCAGAGCCUCCUAAAUAACCUGAACCACCUAAGGAAUAACCAAAAUAGCCAGAGCCUCCUAAAUAACCUGAACCACCUAAGGAAUAACCAAAACAGCCAGAGCCUCCUAAAUAACCUGAACCACCUAAGGAAUAACCAAAAUAGCCAGAGCCUCCUAAAUAACCUGAACCACCUAAGGAAUAACCAAAACAGCCAGAGCCUCCUAAAUAACCUGAACCACCUAAGGAAUAACCAAAAUAGCCAGAGCCUCCUAAAUAACCUGAACCACCUAAGGAAUAACCAAAACAGCCAGAGCCUCCUAAAUAACCUGAACCACCUAAGGAAUAACCAAAAUAGCCAGAGCCUCCUAAAUAACCUGAACCACCUAAGGAAUAACCAAAACAGCCAGAGCCUCCUAAAUAACCUGAACCACCUAAGGAAUAACCAAAAUAACCAGAGCCUCCUAAAUAACCUGAACCACCUAAGGAAUAACCAAAACAGCCAGAGCCUCCUAAAUAACCUGAACCACCUAAGGAAUAACCAAAAUAACCAGAGCCUCCUAAAUAACCUGAACCACCUAAGGAAUAACCAAAAUAGCCAGAGCCUCCUAAAUAACCUGAACCACCUAAGGAAUAACCAAAAUAGCCAGAGCCUCCUAAAUAACCUGAACCACCUAAGGAAUAACCAAAAUAGCCAGAGCCUCCUAAAUAACCUGAACCACCUAAGGAAUAACCAAAAUAGCCAGAGCCUCCUAAAUAACCUGAACCACCAAAGGAAUAACCAAAACAGCCAGAGCCUCCUAAAUAACCUGAACCUCCUAAAGUAUAACAAAAAUAACCAGAGCCUCCUAAAUAGCCUGAACCUUCCAAAGAAUACCCAAAACAACCUGAACCAGCUAAAGAAUAACCAAAACAGCCUGAACUUCUAAAUUAACAUGAACCUCCUAGAAUAUCUGAUUAAAAGCCAAAAGAACAGAAAUAAUAGGAAGGUAAGAACAAGCAUGUAAAAAUAUUUAUUUAUUUAGAUCCUUGAUGAGUUUGAUAUUAAUUUAGAUGAUAUUGAGGAUAUUGAUGAGGGUGGUUUUAUGACAAGUUACGUACCAUCAAACAACAAUUUAAAAUAGGGUCAAUAAAAAUAAGAUGAUAAAAUAAAUUAGAUGAAGUAGUCUGAAUUAUCAGAUGGAGAUGAAGCUGAGAUUCAAAUUAAAUAAAUAAUAACAGAUAAAACUUUACCUUUGAUUAAUAAAUUCACUAAAAGUUACCGAUAUGGAUCUGAAUUUGAAGUUAAGGAUCUCAUUUACGAAUUUAAUUCAUUUGAAUAAUUAAUUUAGCUAUUUUAAUCAUUCAUACUUUAAGAUGAAUUAUAUUUCUUUGAUUUUGAUGAGACUGAGUUAAUUCUAUUGAUUUUUGAGAAAAUGUUAGCUGAAGAAGACCCAAAAUAAGAAUUGGAGCAGUUUUAAGCCAUAACCCUGCAAAACUUUUAAAAUAGAACAUAAAAAUAAAACUUUAGUGAAAAUUAAAGACUUUUUUAUCUUUUUGAUAGAACAGAAAUGUUUCCUUUUGACUUUUUUUUAAUCGAAAAAGAUCCUGCUUAAAAUCUUUUAAGAAUCUAUUUCGAAGAGGAACCAACUGAGGAAUCGAUGGGUUAACAAUUUGAUAAUUUUUUGAAUGUGUUUUAAUAGCUUCUUGAUUGUGAAGAAUACCAAUUAGAUUAAAUUGUUCUUUAGCCUAAAGCAUGCAAAACUCUAAAAAGUCUUAACAAGAAAGAUAAUCAAUAUUUAAAAGCAAUACUCACAUUAUUUGUUCAUCUAUAUGAAUAGAACGAUUCAGAAGUUAUAAAUUUUGAUGAUGAUACUGUAGCUAGAUUGGUCUGGACUUUACAUUAAAACAAUGAAUUCUUUACUCUCUUUGAAGAACAGGAAGAAGAAGUUAAAUAAUUAUUUUUAGACAUACUAAAUUAGGGGUAGGAAUAAAAUCCAGCAAUUGAAUUUGGUGUAAUUGAGCAACCAUUAAGUGAAGAAGGUUUAGAGAAUUUAUAUGAAGUAAUUUACAUUUUUAUUGUAGGAAGUUCAAAUGGUAUAUUAGGAAUUUUUGAAAAACAAAAAAAUAACUCAAAACUUACUCUCUGUAAAUGUUCUACUAGAAUAAUAGCAAAUAAGAAUUAGUAUAUACUGUCACCUCUAAAAAAUAAAUAACAAAAGUAUCCUAAAAGUAAAGUUAUUAAUUAAGCUAGAUUUUUACUCUGAAUCAUUAUUCUGAUAUAGGAGCUUAAAUAAUAGAGUCAAUUAGAGCUGAUGAACUUUUUGAACAACAUAUAUAUAGUGACUUUGCUAGACACAAUAUUUUCCAUGAAUGCAAUGAAAUUACCUUAGGAGCUUGGUAUUUCCUGCAGACUCAAAGGAAAAUGCAACCUGAAGAAGCAAUGGCAAACUUAUUAUUCUCUUUAAUACCAUACAACCUCAUAAUGACAUAGGAAGAAUGAAAAUUUAGUACC